GUUUUACGUCCUUACGGAAUUUUAUGUGUGAAGGCCUUAAGAACGGACUAUGGUCUAGUUUACACCGUUAAAUCGGUUGGUGCGCACAUCAAGUUGGUACGGACUAAACAUUUGAUACAUCCCUGUUUACACCAUUUCGUCUCAAAACAGGUUAGGUUAGAUUUUUAAUCUGGAUAACGUAAAAUCAAACUUCUACCACAAUAUGCUAAACUGAACCAUGGUUCUAACCUCAAUCUAGCAGGAAUGCCGGGUAUAAUACGACCCAAAUCGAAUCAAGUGUUUACAGCGCCCUAAGAUAUUUUGAUACGCGCACCAACUUGGUCUGAUACUAGCGAUUCAGGAGUAUCAGACCAGAGCGCACUAAAGUAAUCCGCGAGCGUUUACAUCGAGCGAAUCAAGCGAUUUGAUACCGAUAUAGUAUUUGGUACGCGUACCAAACGAUCGGUGUAAACUAGCUCUAUGAAUACCGUCCUAUGGAGGAGCAGGUGCAGGUGUAGAAGAGUGCAGAACGAGAUCGCUACAGCUGCUCCUGGCGCGGCGGACUGCGGCGGACUUCGGUACUACGGGGUGCGCGGAACCAUAACCUCCACGGUGGACCUCUGCGGCUGAGUUGCCGCACGAUCGAUCUCCUCCUUGAUCCUCAACGACCGGCGAACGCGGGCGAGGAGCUUCAUUGUAAUCGCGCGAUCCCGUCCCGAGCAUGCGGAGCAUCGUAUCGACGAACGGGACGGCGCGCUGACUGCGAAACGCGCGCUCGUGCACCACCGGUGCACUGACGACGACGAGGGCACGCCGAGGAAUGGCCUCCCCGCAGCGCGGAGUGCGAUGAAUCAGUUAUUAUGUUGCCCUCGACCGGCUACUUUAAGACGAUAAAUUGUCCGUUUUAUGACGGCGGUUCGUGCGACCGGCCCUAUUGUCACUUCAAGCACGCCAAGCGAGAGGAUGCGGGGAGUGCAGCAGGAGUGGCAGGCGUGGCGGAGGCCCAGACAGCGGGGCAGGCGCAGGAGGACAAGCCCGCCGACAUGCUGCAGCACCUGGUGACGGAGGCAGUGAAGAAGGUGCUCGCUGAUCAGGAAGUCACCGAUACCGAGAAAGUGUCGCAGGACAUCGUCUCCCAGGUGGUGGAGGAGCUUAAGCCGACCCUGUCCUCCGGUUCUGUCGCGGCUGUACACACCGCGCCGAGCAUAGGGAAGCACAUCACGAUCCCCACGCCCAUCACCAAACCGGUCGCUUGCGUGUACAAUCCGACGCCGAUAGCGGAGCUGAGGAAACGGCACAUACCCGUGGCCUCGUAUAUGCCGACCAGGGAGACCCGGGUGGCUGUGAGGCGUAAAUUCUUACCGGACGGGGUCAAGCCGUGGUCGAGCGUCGUUCAGGAGUCGAGCGGCUCUCAGGUCACGACCGAAGUUACGUAUAAGCCCACCGCAAUAGUGAGCACGACCGUUCAGGAUGAACAGAGUUACGUGCCGACGAUUAGAUCGGACGCGUCCUCGUCGAAUUCGUACGACGACGGUAACUCGAACGAUUAUCAGUCUAAAUUCAAAGAGGGAUAUUAUCCAAAGUCCAAGAAGAGAAGGGAGGAGUACGUCCCUAAGAAGAUCAAGGCACCGUUAAAGACGGUCCAGCAGCUGAGCGACGCCACAUUUAAUCAGUACGAGCCCGAGUUCGAUAUGAUGGACGUGAUUAUCACUUCGAAUCACGCCACUUCUAUAGCGCUCGACCAUGCAAAAGCAUCGGCCAGCGAGGAUUCUCAAGAUUAUUCCUUGGACGUUGAACCUAGGUUCUCCGAUGACGAGCCUAUGGAAGAUGCGUCUACGGACGAGCGCGGCGCGAAGAGGUCUGAACAAAAGGAGAACGCAAACGAGAAGGAGAAGGAGAACCUCCAACGCGUGGGACUCGACACUGCGGACAAACAAACGAGCAAUAAAGAUAAUAAAAUACACAGCAAUCACUACGAUGUUAAAAGUGAUAUAAAAAGUAGCGACAGGUCUAAACCGCACAAGGCGAGUGAUUCGAGAACAUUGUCGAAGAGACGAGAGGACGCUGCGAGGCAAGACGCGGAUAAGGAGCAGGAGAAGCGCAAGGAUCGGGACAGGAGCAAGGAGAGAGACAGGAGGGAUCGCCGCAGCUCUGAGAAGAGGGACAGGGAGCGAUCCAGGCACAAAUCGGACUCCAGAGAUAAGCACCGUUCCUCCUCCAGCAGAGACAAGGACAGGAGAAGAAGCAGCCGUGCCAGCAAAGACUCGUCGCAUGGGAGUAGAGAGCACUCGCAGCGGCAUAGACAUACUUCGCCGAAGAAAGAGCGGGACGAUCAUCGCAAGUCCAGCCGGCGCGACAAGCAGAAGUCAAGCUCGAAUUCGUCCAAGUCGAAUAGACAUACGUCGAGCAGAAGCGAUAGGAAGCAUAGCUCGGAGUCGAGUCGGAGAUCCAGCGACUCUUCCCGAAAAUCUGGCAAGCACAAAGAGAGCAGCAGCGAGAGGAAUUCAUUCGAUAGAUCUGACAAUUCUGUAGAUAGUAUCCGUUCUUUCGUUGACGACGAGAUUUUGGAAUUGUCAGAUUCUGAUCAUGAUGUACAAGAAGAGUGCCUAAAAAUCUUUCAGGAAUACGAAGCCUCGGAUUAUCCGAAAUUAGUGUCAGUGAAGAAAUCAUUGAAGGAGGAAACUGAAAAUGUUGAAGAAGUCGGUAGAAAGAGAGUCGCGCAUCCGUCGGCGGCCACAAGUGUCACUAGACAGUUAGGUCCUAGUCAGCCACCAAAAAAGCUUAUAACUCCGCAACAAAAGAUGUACGAGCGAUGGCGUUUGAUGAGGCAAGCGGCGGCUGAGAAGGCCGCAGAGAAGGCAGCUGAGAAAGCGGCAGCCGACGCGAAGAUUCAAGUUACAGUCACGUCAGCAGAUCAGUCUUCGAGUAAUAUCGCGCAACGUGUGUCAAUCCACAGAGAACACGAGUCUGCUUCAACGAUAAGUAACAGUGAUGCGCUGCUGAACGUGAAUGGUCGUAUUCGAAUCGCUCACGUUCCGUACGCAAAAUCCCUCGCGAUGGAAAAGAAAAAGGUGGUAGAAACAGCGGGGAAAAGUGGGGAUGCUAAGGGAGUAGAUAACAAAACAAUUGCGCAGACCAUGAAGGGCGGUGUACGCGUCGCUCAUAUACCGCAAGUGGUGCCUCAACUCGUGCGUCCAGAACCGCUACAAGUCGCUACCCAGAAGUUCCCCUUGAACGUCCGUCAGUAUUAUAUUAAUGUAAUGCACGAUAUAUGCGUGCAGAUUUAUACGAAUGGUGACGAUGCGGCGCAACGAGCCGUUAAAGAAGAACUCGCGUGUCACGAGAGAUGCAAGGCGCUCGCGGUGUACAAGAACUCGUGCAUGUUAGCGGCUCAUAGAUUAAGGAAGGAAGUGGAUCAGAGCAAAUCGAACGAGAAGAUCGCUGGUUCGAGCUGCGGUAUGGUGUCCCACGAGGCUGUUCUCGUUGGCAAGUCGAAAGGUUCUUGGAGUGUUGUCAAGAUCAAGAGGAACGUGACAGAUUUUAAGGGACCAGCGCUCUACAACAUGCUCAAAAAGUGGAUCAUGUCGGAGCAGCAGCUUAGGGACAACGGGUUUCCACGUAAACACCCUGAUGGUACAAAGGGACAAGCAAAGGUGUAUGUUAUAAAUUCACGAAACCAAACCGUUUUGUCAAAAGUGCCUAAUGAAAGAAUGUGCAGCCGAUGUGGCCAAUCGUAUAUGAUAGAUAAACAGGGAUUUGCUGUGAGGCAACAGAAUUGUAUAUAUCAUUGGGGCAGAAAGUUUACAAUUAGAGGAGAAGGCAAGUACAGUUGUUGCCAGCAAUACGGCUCCGCUACCGGUUGCUGCGACGCAAAGACGCACGUAUGGGACUACACGGACUAUGAAAAUCUUCGUGGUUACGUUAAAACCUUAUCGAAAGAUGUUCCUAUUGACGAGCAAGGUGUUUACGCACUUGACUGUGAAAUGUGCUAUACUACACAAGGCUUAGAACUAACCAGAGUGACGAUUAUUGACGAAGAUUGUAAGGUGAUAUACGAAACGUUAGUUAAGCCGCAAAAUUCAAUAAUUGAUUACAACACAAGGUUUUCAGGGAUCACAGAAGAAGACAUGAUGGAUGUGACGACGACUAUUUUAGAUGUACAAGCUACGCUCCUCACAAUGUUCUCGGAUAAAACGAUCUUAGUGGGUCACAGUCUUGAAAGUGAUUUUAAAGCGUUAAAGCUGCUCCACGAUACCGUCGUGGAUACCAGCGUCAUGUUUCCGCAUAAGAAUGGAUAUCCGCAAAAAAGGGCGUUGAAAAAUCUCAGUUCCGAAUAUCUCAGAAAGCUCAUACAAAAUGACGUUGGUGGUCAUGACAGUAAAGAAGAUGCUGUUGCUUGUAUGGAGUUAAUUCGUUGGAAAGUCAAGGAAGAAGCAAAAUUACAGUAAAACUCUGCUCGCAGUUUGUUAGCAACAAAUAUUGUCACUAUUGUUGUAUGAUAAUUACAACGACACGUUUUUCGCUUUUGCGAUACUAUUGACGAGAUAUUGUUAAAGAUAGCCAGCCCUGAGUAAAUCGAUUAGUUUCGUGAUUGAGUGGUCCACCGGGAAUGAUUACAGAGUAUAAACAUUAUUAAUAACAUUAAUAACAUUAUUUGUUCGUUUAAUAUAAAUAUUUGAACGAUUAGCCCAUGCAGUAUACAGUAUUUAGUUCAUGACUUAUUAUUUUUCAUAAAUGAGCGAUAUUUUUCAUAUAUUUACCAUAUAUUUGUGCAAAACCAUUUCAUAACUUUAAUUACGUUUUUUUCUUGUUCGAUGAUUACCUUCAAAGUUAAAUGACAAUUGAAAGCCAUCGCAUUGUAGAUGCAUACAUAUCUAUGGAAUAUAUUUAGUUAAAUCAGGAAAUAAUAAAUUAUUAACGUACUGUUGGCUAAUUGUUCAAAUUUUGGCAAUCAUCAAAACUUUCAUAAAUCGGUAUUUAAUAAUACCUUGUCGGUAGAGACGCGCUGGCCAGUAAUGUUGCGCAUACCUUACUGUCUGCAUACUGCGCGUAUUUUAUAUACUGUAUUAUAUCUUGUAUAUAAAUAUGUAAUAUACAUUCAUUGCCCUCGACUUAGGAUUUUCUUUCAGACUAAAUUUGAUAUCUAGCUAAUAGAAUUAUAUUCGCGAUAUAAAUUCUCGACUAGAACGUAAAAUAUAUGAUAAAAAAGAGAAUCGGUGCAGAAAAAUAUGUUAAUUUGAACAUACAUCACAUUUUGAUUAAUAUUUUUGUACUCUCUGUUAUAUUAUUACUUAUUUAUAUUUUAGCAUUAAAAAGACGAGAUUACUCCUAUUUAUUUACUGAUCUAACUUUAUAGCUUAGAUACAUUUCAAGGAACAAUAAUAAAUUGAAAACUUAAUAAUAAUAUUGUACGUUUAUAUAUAAGUCGAGUAAUAGAUAAAUAUAUUUAUUUUUUAUACUGUAAUUGAAUUUAUAUGCAUUACCGAACGAUGCAUUUAUCCCUUGAAGUAUUUGAAAAUAAGUAUGGAUUAUACACAUGUAUUAUUAUAAUAUGUAUAUGUGUAUACGUAUAUGUAUACAUAU